GUGUUGAUUAUGACAGACCACCGCGGGAAAUACGGUGUCGGUCUGGUCUGUAGUAGGCACUCAAAGGUUCUUGUCUCCGACACCUUUCCGCUAUCAUAUGCAAUACAAUUUCCAUAAAUCGAAUUAGGUGGACACGCUAGCCGAUCUUAUUCAACAUCACAAUGUCAAAAAAGAAAGGGCUAAGUUUGGAAGAGAAGAGAAGUCGCAUGAUGGAGAUUUUUUUCGAUACGAAAGAUGUCUUUCAGCUGAAAGACAUUGAAAAAAUUGCUCCCAAGACCAAAGGCAUAACGCCCAUGUCUGUGAAGGACGUGCUGCAGAGCUUGGUGGAUGACAACAUGGUGGACUCUGAGAGAGUGGGAACCUCAAACUACUACUGGGCCUUCCCCAGCAAAGCUCUGCACGCCCGCAAGCGUAAACUCCAGGAUUUAGAGAAACAGCAUACUGAGGCAAAGCAGCGCAAAGCAUUAGUAGAGCCGGCUGUGGAAAAGGCGAAAGUUGGACGCCAGGAAACUAAUGAACGUGAAUCUCUGCUGAAGGAGUUAAAGGUCCUUAAAGAAGAGCAGGUCCAGCUACAAGCUGAGUUGGAGAAAUACCGGGAAUGUGACCCGGAAGUGAUUGAGGAAAUGAGAAAGUCAAACAACAUGGCAAAACAAGCGGUCGACCGGUGGACAGACAAUAUUUUUUCGAUCAAGUCCUGGGCAAAGAGAAAGUUUUCCUUUGAUGACCGAAGCAUUGACAAAGCCUUUGGAAUCCCCGAGGACUUUGACUACAUGGAUUGACCAUAUCUCCUCAAACACAGUUCAUGGUAAAUAGCUGCCAAACAACUUAAGCCAAUUACAAUAAAUUAAGUUGCUAUUCAGUGAGGUUUAUAUUCAUUUUAAGUUCAACCAUGUUACCUUUUUGUUAAAAUGCGAUGAGCUUUGCCACGAAAAAUAAAGUAUAUAUUGUAUGUAGCACCAGAGGCUAGCUUGAGAUAAACAAGUAGGCUGUACCCAGAAAAGGUAUCAAGGAGGUAUUAAAAAAUACAGAUGACCCACCAACUUUAAUUACUAUAACAUUUCUAUCACAUGUUUGUUUUGUUGAUUUCCAUUUUGUUUUCGUUGUUGAAUCCCCUUUUGUAAAGUGCCAUUUAAUUUAAACCGAUGCAAGCUACAGCUUGUCUUGGAAAGAUGGAAGUUGUUUACCGCACCACAUAAUAUGCAAAAUGGCAAAAAAUAUAUAAAAAUGUUAAUUUAUACAGAAUAUCUUAUGAUGUUCAUUAGGGAGUUUAUACAUCUUGUAAAUACGCUUGACUUUUUUGGGAAAUAAAAUUGUUGAUUCCACUUGGA